CGUUGCAUGACCUGAGCCCGUGUGUGUUUUCUCCAUCUUUUGUCUUUUCAAACAGCUCACUUGCGCCUUUAGCUACUUGUCACUUUAGAUACCUUUUCUUCAGCAAAUUACCUCUCUAUCGAACAACAUGCCCUCUCCUACCACCUUGCUGCGUCCCUUUGUGCAACAAAAGUCUCCUGCCGCGUACGCCUACCAGUAUCUCCUCUCCACUCCCCCUCAGUACGAGGAAGACUCAUCCAAGAAAUGGCCAUUAAUCCUCUUCCUGCAUGGAGCAGGUGAAAGCGCGCGGGGUGGACAAAACGAUUUGGAAUUUGUUAAAAGACACGGUAUUCCCAAACUAGUUACCGCAUAUGAACUUAUCCAAGCGGGAAAGCCUCCGAUCGUUCAUGUUCCGGACUUGAAAGCCGCUAAAAAGACAGUAGAUGAAGAAGAGCCCGAUGCUGCCUCACUUCCGGUUCCAGAAGAGACUGCCAAGCUUGUGGCGGAGACGUUCAUCACUGUUUCACCUCAAGUCGACCUGACCAAAGGAUACGGAUGGAACGCUCAUGUUCUGGAGCACCUAUUGAACGAGAUUGAGGACACAUACCGGGUCGAUGCCUCCCGGAUCUACGUAACUGGCGUGUCUAUGGGAGGGCAAGGAACCUGGAAUAUUGCACUGCACAAUCCUCAGCGGUUUGCUGCGAUUGCACCAAUUUGUGGAGGUACUGAUACCCUUCGGCUUGGAUUGAUCAAGCACCUACCUGUUUGGGUAUUUCACGGGGUGCUGGAUAACAUCAUCCCCAUCACGGAAAGCGAGCAGGCUGUGGAAGCGUUACAGGAGCAUGGCGGUAAAGUCAAGUACACCAGCUAUCCCCGGGCGAAGCAUGAUAGUUGGACCGAGACGUACAACAAUCCUGAAGUCGUAAAGUGGUUUCUGGAGCACAAGAAGGAGCGGAAUGUGAAGCGGACUUAGAUGCUGGUUAAUACCCGCUUUUAAUGCUUAAUAGGAUGAAGAAUGCAAAUGUGGUGCAAUCAGAGUUGGCAUUAUCCCUUCUUGAUCUAUUGUAAAAGUGAAUGAAUCUACCCAGCUCCACCGCC